AUGGUUGAUGAAAAUUAUUUAAAGGAAAGUGAUAGCUCAAAGUUUUUAGACUUUGAUCAAAUCGAAAAUGAAAUUAAAGAAUUCAAAACAAAACAAAAUGAAAUAUUUAGUUUUUAUGUUAAAAACAUUGAUGAGUUAAUAGGAAAAAUAAAUAAAGCUAAAAACCUUUUAGAGGAAAAGAAGAAAACCGAAAAUGAAAUAUUAAAAGAUAAGAAUAAUCAAAAUAAUGUUGACAUAAAUAAUGGUGAAAUAAAAAGUGUUGUUACUAAUAUGGAUAAUAAUGAAAGCACGGAUAAAAUAAAAAGAAUCGAAAGUACAGAUGAUAAUAAAACAAUAAACCAAAACAAUGUUAUUAUAAAAGAAUUAAUAAAAGAUGUCAAAUCUUUAAAUAUAACAGAAAAAAUUAAUAAUGAAAACAAGACGUUUUAUAAUACAUUAUUAUUAUCAUAUAGAGGUAUUAUAUCUUUAAUAAAACAGGAGACACCUGAAAUAUUUAAAGAUAUACAUAUUAAGAAAGCUAUUAUUCUUAGAUUAAUUCUGAUGCAUUUUUUACAAAAGGGUGAUUUUUUCAUGUACUAUGUAUUAAAUAAAGAAAUUCUGAAGAAUAAAAAAAAAAAAAAAAAAAAAACAUAUAUGGAGGAAAAUCAAAUGUACGAUAGAACACCAAACGGAGAAAUAAUAAAUGAACAUAUUUUACACAGGGGGGAUGUCGGAGUAUCUAGAAAUUUAAAUAAUUAUAUGGUUAACCCUGAUAUGUUAAAUGAUAAAAAAAAAAAUAAUAAUAACAAUAAUAAUAACAAUAUCAAUAAUAACAAUAAUAAUAACAAUAAUUAUGAUAAUAAUAUUAUGGAUGUCCCACAUUACCUAGACAACAUACCAAACAACAAAGAUAUAGUAAACGAAUGUGAAAGUAAACAAAUAAAUAAUAUAAAUUCAUACGAUUAUAAUAUGAAUAGUCUGAAAAACAUAGAAGUGAAAAAUGAAGACGCAGCAAGUUAUAUUAAUGUGUAUAAUAAGGAAGAUACUAUAAAAUGUAUUAUACCUAGUAAUAAUAUUUAUGAACAAAAUAAUAAUAAGAGUAAUAGUAAUACAUUUAAUAGUGUCCUCCUAAAUAAUAUUAACCCUAACGUUGGAAUGAACGAUAAAGGAUUGUUUAGUAGAAUUAAAAAAGAAUAUUUAAGAAAAAUAAAAUUCUCUGAAAGAAAUGAAGAAAUAAUAUUUGAACAUGCAUUGGUAGAAGAAGAAUUAUUUGAAGGAUAUAAAGAAUUACAUAGAAUUAUGUAUAAUUUAAAAAAUUAUGAUGUAAGUUCAUGUAUUGAGUGGUAUCAUAGAUGCAGUGAAUCAACCAAAAAGAAAUAUACAAAAUUGAUUUAUUUAUUACAUUGUAUUAGUUAUCUCAUAUAUUCCAAAGAAGAUAAAGAAAAAGCCUUACACUGUCUAAGGGAACUAAUGUUAAAUUAUAAAGAAAAUAAAUCUCAUAUCUCAAGAUUAAGCACAUUUAUAUGUAUAGGAGUUGAUAAUGCAUUUUUUAAAAAUAUGUUCUCUAGUGUGCAUGCAAAAGUAUUUAAUUAUUUUAAGAGAGCUUUUAAUGAAGAAGGAAUUGUUGUAAAUAUGAAAAAAAAUAAAAAUAUGAUUAAGAAGGAUACAAGACAAUAUCCAAAUGAUAAUAUGCGCUGUAAUAAUUUGGUGCCUACUAAAGUGAAUAUAAAAAAUGAAGAAGCUAAUAAGAGGAAUGUAAAAGAGUUAAAUAAUAAAAAGGAAGAAGACGUCAAACAAAAAAUAAAUUCUCGAAAAAGAAAAUCUAGUAUAUUAUUAUAUAAUAAAGAUGAAAAAAAUACUCAGAAAAAGUGUACUAGUCAAAAGGAUGGAAUUGAACUUUGCAGUGAUAAAAAUUGUAAAAAUAAAAUAUGUAGUAAUAAUAAAUAUAAUAAGGAAAAAUCAAAUAUAUCAAGAUGUACUACAGAUAAUGAUAAAAAAUGUUCCUCAUCUAUAUGUUCUAAAAAAAAAAAGAAUAAAAUAAAAAAACGAAAAAAAAAUAACUCACUUUCUAUUAGUUAUAAAAAAAUAAAUGAAGACAUAUGUAGAGGAAGAACGAAAAGUCAUAUAAAAAAAAAGGAUUUAAAGAAUAAAAAAGGAAAGAAUGAACAUAUUUUGAAAAGAAAAAUAAAAAAGAAAUUUACAAAUAUAUAUAAUCGAAUCAGUAAAAAGGAUCCAAUUAAAGUUAAGAAAAAUAAAAAAAAAGGAAACCAUAGCAGAAAUAAGAAGAAAAAGAAAAAUUAUUCAUAUGUUACAUUUCAUAAAGAAUAUGCAUUAAAUAUAAAAAUGGAUCGUAGUAAUAAUAUUCCCUUAAUUCAUAAUAAUAUUUAUAAGGAAAAGUAUAGUAAUUUAUGUGGUACAAAAUUAUAUACUAAUCAUUUCUAUGAGACUAAAAAAAACAAUUUCCUUCGUCCUUUAAGUGAAUUAUAUGUAGAGAAUAAUAUUAAUGAAAUAAUAAGAAAAAAUAAAAUGAAUAAGGACAUUUUAUAUGAUAGCUCUUGUAGCAAUUAUAAUAUAAAUAAUUUUAAUUUAAUAUUACCUAAUGUAACUUUAAAUGAAGAUAAUUAUGGUUAUAAGAAUAAUUCAAGGGGAGGUGUUUAUAAAGAAGGAUAUAAUAAUAAUAAAAAAAAAAAAAAAAAUAAUAAUAAUAAUAAUAAUGAUGAUGAUGAAAAAUUAAAUAAUGGAUGGUAUUCACAUAUCCAUAAUUGUUCUAAAGAUAUUAUUACAGAAAUGAUACGUUCUAAGAAAGAUGAUUUUGAUAUUAUUAAAGAAAAUACCAUAAAUAUGGAUAAGGAUAUAGAUGAUAUUUCAUCAUAUAAUAAUUUAUGUAAUAUAAAAAGAGCAGAUGAAUCUAUUUAUUUAUAUGAAUUAAAUGAAAACGAAUUUUCUCCAUAUUCAUAUAAUGAUAGUAAUUAUAUAACUUAUAAAAUAUUAAAUCGUACAUCUCAAUUUUAUGAUCAUGAAGAUACUAAGAUAACUAAUUAUGCUCUUCAUAAGUUAUAUAAACAUUAUAAUAAUAAUGUAUGUACAAAUAUAAAUUAUCCUUCAAGUAUAUUAUACAAUAAUCAUCCAUAUAGUUAUAAUAAUUAUUUAUUUUGUAUUAAAAAUUUAUAUCAUAAUAAUAAUAAUAAUAAUAAUUUUUGUUUUCAAAAUAUCUCAAAUUUUUAUAUGGAAAAUGUUGUGAAUAAUUUUCAGUAUUAUAUGAAUCAAAAUAAUGAUAAUUCAUCUUAUAUGAACCAUAAUACAUUUUAUUCAUUAAACAAUUCUUGCUUUAUCAAAAAAGCAAAUGUUUUAAAAAACAAAUUACCCAAAUGUAAAUUUUUAUCUGCAUCCCCAAAAGAUGAAAAAGAUGUCAAGACUAUUCCUAUGUCGACAGAACAAAAAAAGGAUUUCUCCUUAUCAUCACAUGAAAAAAAAGACGUUCUUAUAUUACCACAAGAAAAAAAGGAUGAAGAAAAGAACACAGGCGAUAACAAAAUAGCACACAUAUGUGGAAAAGAAGAAUGUAAUGAUAUGUGUAUAUUAAAAAAGAAAAAAAAUGGAAAGGAUGAAGAAGAAUAUUAUGAAUGUGUGAAUUUUAAAGAUAAUGAUGUAUUUACUAAUGACGAAUCUACAACAAGUUCUUGUAGUUAUUAUAAAUCAUUUGCUUCAUGUAAUUCUUACACUUCAUCAAGUGAUGGUGAAUUUUCUUCCUAUUCUAGCGGAGAGGAAAACUUUAAAAAAAAUAUGAAUAAAGUAAAAGAACAAGUAGAUAUAAUGAAAGAAGAUUAUUUGAAAAAAAAUACAAUGAAUGCUUUGUUAAAUACAAAAAAUGUCCAAGCAAAUAAUAGAGCUAUUCUAGCUUCAAAAAAUACAAGACUUGCGAAAACAUCCAUAGAUGUAAGUCGAAUUUUAUUAACGCACGCUUUAACAACAAGGGAUAUAUAUACUUUACAAAAUACAUUGUCUACUAAUAAAAGUAAUACAGAAUUUAGACGUAUUUGCUUGAAGUGGAAGGCAAAAAAGAUUAAAAGAAGAAGUAGGUUAAAAAAGAGGGAAAAAGGUGAUGAGGAAAGUGAGGAUGAUAUAAAAGAUAAGGGUGGAAGGAAUAAAAAAGGGGGCACAAGAAAGGGAAAAAUGGAAGUUGAUGAAGGUGAUGAUGAAGAUGAUGAUGAUGAUGAUGAUGAUGAAGAUGAUGAUGAAGAUGAUGAUGAUGAAGAUGAUGAUGAUGAUGAUGAUGGUGAAGAUGAUGAUGGUGAAGAUGAUGAUGAUGACAAAAGUGACGAUUUUUAUGAUGAUGAUGAUGACAAAAGUGACGAUUUUUAUGAUGAUGAUGAUGACAAAAGUGACGAUUUUUAUGAUGAUGAUGAUAAUGAUGAUGACGAAAGUGACGAUUUUUAUGAUGAACAUAAUUCUUAUGAUGAAGAAGAUGAUUAUUUUGAUGAGGAGAACGAUUACUUUGAUGAAGAUGAUGAUUAUUAUGAUGAAGAGGAUAAUUAUUAUGACAACGAUGAAAAUAUUCAUGAUGAACAACCUUACAACUCUCCUAAUAGCAGUAGUAGUUAUGAUAUUAAUAAAAAGAAAAAACAUAAAGUAGCAAGUAAAUUAAAAGGCAAGAGGAAAAAAAAGAAUAAAAAGAAAAAAAAAAGGAAUAUAUGCUCAACGAAUAAAGUAAACCUUUCUGAUUCCUUAGAAUGUUUGGGUUUAGAAAAUUUUAUAAAAUUAACAAAAAAAAAUCUUUUUAUUAAAAAAUCGGAUGAAAAAAAGAAAAGUGAAAAAGGGAAAAAAAAAAUUCAAAAAUCAAAAAAAAGUGAUAACACAAAUGAAGGUAAAAAUAAAAUUGAUGAAGAAAAAAAAGGUAAGGAAUUGAAGGAAAAUAAAGAUAACAUGAAGUCAAAAAAGAAAAACAAAAUAAAAAAUAUGAAGGAAGUUGAAGGAUCUGUUUUGAAUGAUGAAAAAGGUGACAUGGAAAAAACUAGAGCUGAAAAAACACAAAUUGAAAGGAGUGAAAAAAGUAAUAUGACACAAGAAAGGAAUGAUAAAAAAGUUCUGGCAAAUAAUUUUCAGAAUGAAGUCAAGUGUGAAGAGGAUAUAAAGGAACAGAAAGAAAUACAUAAAGUGGAAAAUGUAAAAGUAGAAGAAAAUAAUGACGAUGAAACUAAAAUUAUUGAAAAUAAGGUAAACGAGUUAGAUGUUAAUCAGGAAGUCCAAAAUAUAAACCAGAAUGAUAGUAAUAUGACCGAAAAAAAUGUAAGUGGAAAUAUUCAAGAGAAUAAAAGUGAAGAAAUUCAAGAUAAAAAACUUGGAAAUAUUCAAGAUAACAAACGUGAAAAUAUUCAAGAUAACAAACGUGAAAAUAUUCAAAAUAAUGAAAGUAGAACAAUUGAAAAAAAAGAAAAAACACAAAAAUUAUGUGACAAAAAGGAUGAGAAAAAAAAGAAUAAAGAUGACUUUGAUACAUUAUGUAAGAAGGAUAAAAAAGGAAUUCAUUAUGGAUCAUAUAAGAAAAAUAUAAAAAAGAGAAGAUAUUAUUCAAACUUUUUAUAUGAUGAAAAAAUGCAAAUGCAAAUGAAGAGAAACAAAAAUGAAGGAUAUUACAAUAAAGGUAAUAAAAAUAAAAAGGAAAAUUUAGCAUCAAAGGAAAAAGUGAAAUCGGAAAAAGCAGGGUUUAAUAAAAAAAACGACAGCAGUAAUAGUGACGAUGAAUAUAAAAAAUCAAAAGGAAGGAAAGGAACAGAUAAAAAACCGAACAAUGAUAAAAAGAAAUUUGAUAAAUCAAAUGACGAUAAAAAAAAGAAAAAGGAAAAAGAAGUACCUAAAAACAAUAAAGAAUUUGUAAAAGAAAAGAAAAAUGAAAAUGAUCAAGAUAAAUCAUUGAAAAAGGAGAACGAAAAAAAAGUUUAUGUUCAUCUGGAAAGCCCCUUGGACAUUCUAGUUUGUGCAGGAUUAAUAAGCUCAAAAAAAUUAAUUGAGGCUCAAGCUAUUUUAAAAGAAAAUAAUAAAAGAUUACAAGAAGUGAAGAAUUCUUCCUUCGCUAAUAAUUCGAAUGAAAAGAGUUUAGAAAAAGAAAAAAAUAAAAACCCUAAUGAAAAUGGAUCCUUACUUUCUAAUUCUUUAGCUGUGGAGGUAGAUUUGAGUGGUUGCUUUUUUUUUCAUUCUUCUUUUACAUGUCCUAUUAGUAGAGAUAAGUCGUCCAGGGACAACCCUCCUUAUCUACUUACCUGUGGUCAUGCCAUUUGCAAAAAUUGUGUAGACAAAAUCCAUGCUCAAAGAUCCAGACAAUUCAAAUGCCCAAUGUGUCCACAAUAUUUACAUUUACUGGAGAUAAUUCCCUUAUAUUUUAUUUAA